AUUCCAUGGUCUUCUCUUUCCCACUUUGACGCAUCUUAAGAAGAGAAAAACACACAACAACAAACAUCUUAGACCAUACAAAGAAAGAGAAACCAAACCACUUUUCUCUUUGUUCCGAGUUUUCAAAGAACCUAAAAAAAAUGAGAGAUUCAAUAUACCUUUUAUGGGUUGAUCUUCGCUUAAAGGUGAUGAUCAUGGUGGUGAUGAUAUUCGUAUCAUGGAGAGGUGUUUUGGGGUUGGAGAACAUAAACCCCAUUUUCUUCGACGAAGGUCUUUCUCAUUUAUUUGGUGAAUCUAAUCUCAUCCGAUCUCCUGAUGAUCGCAGCGUUCGAUUACUCCUCGACAAAUAUACUGGGUCAGGAUUUAUAUCUUCAAACAUGUAUCAACAUGGAUUUUUUAGUUCGUUGAUAAAGUUGCCAGGAGCUUACACGGCUGGUCUUGUAGUCGCCUUCUACACAUCAAACGGUGAUGUGUUUGUGAAGAACCAUGACGAAUUAGACAUAGAGUUCUUAGGGAACGUUGAAGGAAAGCCAUGGCGGUUUCAGACGAAUAUGUAUGGUAAUGGUAGCACAAACCGUGGCCGAGAAGAACGCUACCGUCUUUGGUUUGAUCCUUCCAAGGAGUUUCACCGUUAUAGCAUCCUUUGGAACCCAACCAAAAUAAUAUUUUGGGUAGACGAUGUGCCAAUAAGAGAAAUCAUAAGAAAAGAAGAAAUGAAAGGAGACUAUCCACAAAAACCAAUGUCUCUCUACGCAACCAUUUGGGACGCCUCAAGCUGGGCUACUUCCGGCGGAAAGUUCGGUGUCGACUAUACAUUUUCACCUUUCGUCUCCGAGUUCAAAGACAUUGCUCUCGACGGUUGUAAUGUCUCCGACUCAUUUCCCAACAACAACAACAACACUGUCGGUUAUAACUACAGAAACUGUUCUGCCUCCGACCAAGAUCUCAUGACUAGCGAUUACUCAACCAUUAAUCCUAAACAAGGAGCCGCAAUGCGACGGUUCCGGGAACGUUAUAUGUACUAUUCGUAUUGUUACGAUACCGUAAGGUAUGCCGUGCCUCCACCUGAGUGUGUGAUCGUGGCAGCUGAGAAGGACCGGUUUAGGGAUACUGGACGGUUAAAGUUUGGUGGUAGUCAUAGAACACGGAAAAGACGGAAGCGGAACCGGUCUACGCCGGUGGUUUCGGCUGAUCAGUAGCAUUAAUUAGUUCAAUUAUAUUCCCGAGUAUGUAUAUAUAGUGUUUAAUUAUAUAGAUCAAGAAUAAUAUACUAUCAUAAAAUUCAUCAAGUUUUAUGUUUCUUUUUUUUGCUCCACCGUAAAUAAUGCAUAUAUGUCAAGAA